AUGGCCGGCAAAGGGAGAUUUGAUGUCGGAACUCACUUCCCUUUCUGGCUCUUUGGGAUCCAACGUGGCUGCGCACUGCCGAUGCAGAGGGAAGGGGAGCAGAAGCAGGAGCAGCGGUCAUCGAUUGACUCGACUCGACUCGUCGGCGCCGUCGCUAGCGGCAGACUGGCAUGGCCGUCUGGCAGAGUGUCAACCGUGGACAGUGGCCUGCGUGUUGCGCCUCGCCUGGACUCCGCCAGAGUCACUCCUCCUGCUGCUGCUCCUGGUGCUGGUCCUGGUGCUCCUGGUGCUUCUUGUUCAUCUCCCUGUAUUGCGUAG